AUGUUCCGCUCAAUGCUUCCUGCGCGGAGCGCUCUCCGCACGGUGAGACCUCAGGCCGCCGUUCCUUCCUCCGUCGUUCCUGCUCCCUCCUUGGGCCUGUUUGGUCGUCGCGGAUAUGCCUCUGAAGCGGAGGAGCAUGAUCUCGUCAUCAUUGGAGGUGGUGUUGCUGGAUAUGUUGCUGCUAUCAAGGCCGGACAAGAGGGAUUGAAGACCGCUUGUAUCGAGAAACGUGGAACCCUCGGUGGUACCUGCUUGAACGUCGGAUGUAUCCCCUCAAAGUCCCUUCUCAACAACUCGCAUCUAUAUCACCAGAUCCUCCACGACACGAAAAAGCGCGGUAUCGAGGUCGGAGAUGUCAAACUCAACUUGGAACAGAUGCAAAAGGCCAAAGAUACCUCCGUUGAAGGUCUUACAAAGGGUGUCGAGUUUCUCUUGAAGAAAAACGGCGUCGACUACGUUAAGGGUACUGGUAGCUUCCUCAACGAGAACGAAGUUAAGGUUAACUUGAUGGAUGGUGGCGAGCGCGUUCUGCGCGGUAAGAAUAUUAUCAUUGCUACUGGAUCCGAGUCUACGCCAUUCCCCGGUCUUCAGGUCGAUGAGGAGAGAAUUAUCACAAGCACUGGCGCUUUGUCGCUCAAGGCAGUCCCCAAGAAGAUGGUUGUUAUCGGUGGUGGUAUCAUUGGUCUGGAAAUGGCCUCUGUCUGGAGCCGAUUGGGUUCUGAAGUCACCGUUGUUGAAUUCUUGGGUCAGAUCGGUGGUCCCGGAAUGGACUCUGAGAUCUCCAAGGCUGCUCAGAAGAUUCUUGCCAAGCAGGGAAUCAAGUUCUUGACCAACACCAAGGUCACCAAGGGCGACACCAGCGGAUCCACCAUCUCCGUCAGCACCGAAGCCGCAAAGGGUGGCAAGGAACAAACUCUCGACGCCGACGUUGUUCUUGUCGCCAUCGGUCGACGACCAUACACCGACGGUCUCGGACUCGAGAACGUUGGAAUUGAGGCUGAUGACAAGGGCCGAUUGGUCAUUGACCAGGAAUACCGCACUAAGCUUCCUCACAUCCGUGUUAUUGGCGAUGUUACCUUCGGUCCUAUGCUUGCCCACAAGGCUGAGGAAGAGGCCGUUGCUGCUAUUGAAUACAUCACCAAAGGUCACGGUCACGUCAACUACGCUGCCAUCCCCAGCGUUAUGUACACCCACCCUGAAGUCGCCUGGGUUGGACAGAGCGAGGACGAAUUGAAGAAGGCUGGCAUCAAGUACAACAAGGGAACCUUCCCCUUCUCCGCCAACAGCCGUGCCAAGACCAACUUGGAUACCGAAGGUUUGGUUAAAUUCCUUUCCGACGCUGAGACCGACCGCAUCCUCGGUGUCCACAUCCUUGGCCCCAACGCCGGUGAGAUGAUUGCCGAAGCCACCUUGGCCAUCGAAUACGGCGCCUCCAGCGAAGAUGUCGCCCGCACAUGCCACGCUCACCCUACCCUCGCCGAAGCCUUCAAGGAGGCCGCCAUGGCCACCUAUUCCAAGGCCAUCCACUUCUAA